AACUCUGCAGCUUGAAAGACAUUCACCACGUGUUUGCUGUUUGAGUAAGACUUGUUGAAAUCUUCUCACUUGUAUACAUUUCAACAAACAGGGGGAUCAUUUACAAAGAAACGGUGCUCACUGAAAUUCGACGGAUAACCACUUAGGAUCAAAGUAUUCUGCUCAAAAUGGAGUUCAGCCUGAUUUUAUUCUCUAUUCUUUCUUUCACAACAUGGAUGAACUUGGUACAAGCAAUGACGGGACCUGUAAAUGCAUGUCCGUGUUUUUACUUCUCUAAACAUAAAGUCCCUGCUUUUCAAAUUAAAAGGCACUUUGAACAGAAGGAAGGCAUCUGUACUAUUGAAGCAAUUGGGUUUUGGUUAACGAAUGGAAAGUUGAUAUGCUCGAAACCUGAUAACAAGUGGGCAAUAAAUGUGCUGAAGAAAAGACAGCAGAAAACGACAGUAACACCAAGAUCAAAAACGCCAGCAUCACCAACUUCAAUACUGUCAACACCUACAUCAGCCCCAGAAACUGAGCCAUCAUCCACACCAACAGACGCUCUAUUAGUGACAGCAACAGAACUAUCAAGGCAAACAUUAUUCCCAGGAUCAGAACCAACAUCAACACCAAAGACAACAGCACCAAGAUCACAAACACCAUCAACACCAACAUCAGCACAGUCAUCAACAAGAGUAAGAUCAUCAUCAUCAUCAUCGUCAUCAUCAUCCUCAUCCUCAUCAUCAUCAUCAUCAUCAUCAUCAUCAUCAUCAUUCCCAGGAUCUGAACAAACAUCUACACCAAAGACAACAGCACCAAGAUCACAACCACCGUCAACAACAACAUCAGCAGAGUCAUCAACAAGAGUAAGAUUAAGCUCAUCGUCGUCAUCAUCAUCAUCAUCAUCAUCAUCAUCAUCAUCAUCAUCAUCAUCAUCAUCAUCAUCAUCAUUCCCAGGCUCAGAACAUACAUCAACAACAUCAACAUCAAAGACAACAGUACCAAGAUCACAACCACCGUCAACACCAACUUCAACACUGUCAUCAACAAUAACAUUGAGCUCAUCAUCAUCAUUCCCAGGAUCUGAAUCAACAGCAACAUUAGCACCAUCAACAUUAACAUUCUCAACACCAACCUCAGCACCGUCAACAACUUUAACAGCAAUAUUACCAUUAACAUCAAGACCAAACAACCUUGCUACUGUGCCUAGUACAAGGACAGUAAGUGAUCGUAUACGAGCAACGUUCAUGGCCAGACGAAAAGCUUUCACACGAAGACGUUUUACAACAAGGAGGCGACCAAAAAAGAAUCUGAAGGCAUGGCAGAAAAAGUGUUCAAAGAAAUCGCUGUAAAUGCUGUCAGCCAAGUUUGUGCUACAAAAUAUCAAAUGCAAUACUAAAAUCCGGAGGCUUUCAAUACUAUGCAGCUCAUAAAACUUUAGAUAAACUGAGUAUAAAGGGUUCUAACACUUGCAAUUUUAUGUUUCCUUCCCUUUUUCUAUAUCAUUUUUUUUUUUUGCAGCUUUUUCACAGCAAGUAUCUUAAACAUAAACAUUGUAUUGUUACCCCUCCAGGUGUCCUGCGUGGGUAGAUAAUCAAAGCUAUAGCACAACAAAAUAAUUGCAAAGCUUUAUAUCUGCACAACAAU